AUGAAGUACGCCCCUGCAUGCCUAUUGUUGUGGUUACUUGUGUUAGCAAGCAUCACAUUGGCAAAUUUGACAUGCAGAGAUUGUGGGAGAACAAUGACAAUUUUUUCUUCCGGAAGAUGUCAAGAGAGCAUGAGAUGUGCUGGUUACCGACACACAAAAAGUAGAUGUUAUGUGACUAAGACAUGCGAACAUAAUAGUAUGGUGACUUGGAGUUGCUCUUCUGGCCACACUCUGAAUGAAAGUUCACCCCACCCUCAUGGGGAGCAGUGGAUCUGCGGUGGGAACCAUCAUCAUACCCCCGGGCCCUAG